GUGUAAAGGUGGCGACUGACUUGUAACAUUUCGGUGUAAUGUAACGUGUUACAACCCGAGCAUUACAACAGUCAGUGCAGCGAGCCGAGCCGCUCGACGCGAGCACCGCGUGCUCCACUCAGCUGUCGGUUUUUACGCGAAUCCCUUUGAGGGGCUUAAAGGUGGCGACUGACUUGUAACAUUUCGGUGUAAUGUAACGUGUUACAACCCGAGCAUUACAACAGUCAGUGCAGCGAGCCGAGCCGCUCGACGCGAGCACCGCGUGCUCCACUCAGCUGUCGGUUUUUACGCGAAUCCCUUUGAGUGUUACAUUACAAGUCAGUACAGGUUCGCAAGUCGCCGCGAGUGCACUUCUUCCGUGAUUGUGCUUUUGGAACAGGAUUUUAAUAAAUAUGGAAUGGGAUAAAGAGAAAGUUCUAUUAUUUAUUGACAAAUACAGAGAUAAAGAAAUACUGUGGGACCCCACGCACGGAGAUCACUUCAAUAAGUUUAAAAAAAACGAUGCGUGGGUAGAAUUAUCCGAGGAUAUGAAUAUAACGGUUGAAGAGGCCAAGAAAAAAAUUACCAGUUUACUUGCCUCACUAAGAAGAGAGAAGGCUAAAAUAAAGAACAGCACUGGAACGGGCAAAGGUGCCGACGAAAUCUAUACUAGUACAUGGUUUGCAUUUAAACCAUUACUAUUUGUGUUGGACCGAAAUAAACCACGAAAUACAAAUGAUACGUUAAACCCCGAUGAAGAAAGCGAGCAACGUGGUGCGACCGUGGAUACAGUUUUGGACAACGGGUCACAUACCGAGCGACCGAUUCAUGUCGCUAAAAAAAAGAAAAAAGCAGUCAUGGAUCCCGAGGAAAUAAUGGCUUCUACAUAUGACAUUUUAAAAAAGACGUCAAGCGAGAAAAGUUCGAAAAGUUUGGACGAGUGUGACAGCUACGGAGCUUUCAUUGCAAACAAAUUGAGAUCGUACUCUAACCAGACCAGAAACUACGUACAACACCAUAUUUCAAAUAUUUUAUUCAAUGCUGAUCGGGGACAAUAUGAACCCAACUAUGGUUACGGUUAUUCGACUCGUCAAGGCUAUUUUUCUACACCUGGACCAAUUCAAACUCAUUCUACAAGAACAACAACUUCGCAGCAAUACAAUUAUUCCACACCUUCACCUCAAAUGUCGGAUUGCAGUCAAGAUAGUGCUGGAUUACAACGCCCAGAUACUCACACCCUCACUUCAGCCCGCAAUUAUUCGUCACCUUCACCUCAAAUGUCGGAGUGCAGUCAAGAUACUGCUGGAUUACAACGUCCAGAUACUCACACCCUCACUUCAUCCCAACGCAAUUAUUCCUCACCUUCACCUCAAAUACCGGAGAACAGUGAAGAAACUGCCAGGUUCUUGCGAGAAUUUGGCGACUUGAUUGAUUAGAUAUAUAGAAUGUGUAAGUCUUGGUUUCCUAUUUUCAAAUUACAUUUUUAAAUAAAAAAUAACUAAAGCA